AUGAUGCGUAGCCCGCCGUUUCCACCGGGUACAGCAGAAACCCCCACCGCGUCGAUAGCCCCUGAAAUCGGAUUUAUAGCCCCUGGCCCACCAACAAUCGAGUCACACUUCUCGCGCGAUUCCUCUACCGACCCGCCGGAAUUUCAAGUGGAGAUUGUGAAUACAAUGCGCCUCAAGCCACCCGAAUUGGAUACAACCGAUAUCCACACCUUUUUCUACGCUUCGGAAAAUUGGUUUGACGCAUGGAAUAUCGCUCCGAGCCACCACGUCAAACGGUUCAAUAUACUGAAGACACAAAUACCGACGCGAAUCCUCCCUCAGCUGCGCCAUCUUCUCGAUAACGUGCCCAACGCUGACCGCUACGAAGCUGCGAAAAGGACAAUCGUCCAACAUUUCGAGGAGUCGCAACGCAGCCGCUUACACCGAUUGUUAUCCGAUAUGAACCUCGGCGAUCGGAAACCGUCCCAACUGCUAGCCGAAAUGCGACGCACGGCAAACGGAGCAAUCUCAGACUCCAUGUUGGUUGACCUCUGGAUAGGACGUUUACCGCCAUACAUACAAUCCGCGGUGAUCGCCGUCUCGCCAGACGUUGAAGAUAAGGCAAAGGUGGCCGAUUCCGUCCUAGAUUCGUUCGCUUUGUACCACCAAACGGGUGCAUACCAACAGGUGUCGGAGGUUCGAAAUGGGGAAGUGGACCGCCUCACGAGACAAGUAGCAGAAUUGACGCAGCGUUUAGACACCGUGCUGGAACAAUUGAAUCGAGGUCGCAACCGGUCUCGAUCACGUACCCGAAUGCAGCCCGCCCAAUCUACUAGUAGCGUCGAAAACGACUUGUGUUACUACCACCAGCGUUACGGUCAACAAGCUCGCAACUGCCGAGCCCCGUGCUCGUUUGUUAACCGUCAACAACGGAAUAAUGCAUCGUCGUCGUCGGCGUGA